AUGAUUGAUAAGAGUUGGAUUCAUAAAUCAAUUACAUCAACAGAGUAUAAAUGCGGGGUUGAAGAAUUUUUAGAGUUUGCCUUUGCUAGAGCUGCUAUAAAUGGAAAAAUUAUAUGUCCAUGCAUCAAAUGUGGGUUCAACAAUAUGGGGACGAGAAUUGAAGUAUUAACUCAUUUACUUCAAAAAGGAUUUCCAGAAAAGUAUACUUCUUGGUAUAUGCAUGGAGAAACUAUAGUCCAGCCGGAAGAAGAACUAUUGGGUCAUAAUCAUACAGAGCCUGUUGAAAAACCACCACUGCAUGAUAUGUUGACUGAUGUUUUCGGUAUAGAUGAUAUCAACUAUGAAGGUGAUGAUGAUGAGCCCUUUGCUUCGAGAACUGAUUCCGUUCCAAUGCCGUCGGAAAAUGACACUAACGAGGAUUCAAGAAGAAUUACAGAGUUGCUAAAAGAUGGAAAUCGUAAAUUAUAUCCUGGGUGCGCAAAAUAUACCAAGUUAUCAUUUGUUGUUGAGUUGUAUCAUAUCAAGGUGUUGUGCGGUGCUACUGACAAGACAUUCUCCAUGAUAGUCGAUCUUCUGAACAAUGCUUUUUCCCAUGCUAACUUGCCCACUUCAUUUUAUGAAGCCAAAAAAAUGAUUAAAUUGUUAGGUUUGGGAUACGAGAAAAUUCAUGCAUGUCCAAAUAACUGUAUGCUCUUUUGGGGAAAAGACAAUGAGAAAAAAAAUAAAUGUGUGGUCUGUAACGCAUCUCGAUAUAAAGUUGAAGAGAACACCAGCAGCAAUACGGAAGUUGUGGAAACAAGUCAAGAUCAAAAGAAAAAGAUACCAGCAAAGGUGUUGAGGUACUUUCCUCUUACUCCUAGGUUAAGAAGGUUAUACAUGUCCUCUAAGACAGCAAGACUAAUGCACUGA